AUGUUACCACCACCUCCAGACACUGAAAAUGAAGUCAAUAAUACCACUGUCACUGGACAGACGCCGGUCUCUGAAAAUCGGCUUCUUCAAUGGUUCAAUAGAUCUAUGGACGACAUUGCGAAGCCACCAACAAUUAGUCUUCAUGGAAUUCAAUGUUUUGGAUCAACAGCAUAUCAUGUAAUUACGGCUACUGGCGUUCAUUAUGAUUGUGGUUGUGUAAUAAAUUAUGAUGGUGCUCUUGUACAAUUUACAAAUCGAACACAUCCAAAUCCAUUAAAUCCUCCAGCAGUGUAUGUUGCCUAUUUCUCGACAUUCGGUGCUUUGGCUUGGCAUUUGUUAUUAUUUGAUGAAUCUGUUGCAAAUUUGUAUGGUCCUAUUUUAGCAAAACAUGCUAUUGAUUAUGAUAAAAAUGAUGGAAAAAUAGUCGGACGAAAUCUUCGAACAAAAGUUUGUCAUUUUGUUCGUGCCAGAAUUUUGUCAACAUUUCAUUGUUUAUCGAUUCGUUCAAAUCAAGACGAAGCAUGUAUUCUAUUCAAUCGUUGUUUCGAACGAAUGGCUUUUCUUACAUGUGAUCAGCUACAAAACUCAUGGAUUAAACCUAUUUAUACAACAUUAGUCGAUGUACUGAAAGCUGAACAAGAAUAUCAAAAUCAAAUAUUCUAUCCUGUUUAUCAGACACUAGCUGAACAUAAAAAAUAUGUAAAUAGUUUACAAUUAGAAUCACAACUUCAAACUAAUCUACAGGAUUAUAUAACUCGUAUGCCUAUCAUUAUUCGUUUUCUUCAUUUUAAAACUGAAUUAGGCAAUCCAAAUCAUUCGAAAAUGCCACUCAAUAUUUUACGUAAUUUUCUUAAUUCAACAGAUUUUCUUAAAAUGACAAAAAUUAUUUAUGAUUUAAGUCAAUUUUAUAUUCUGUUACAUUAUACAUAUGCACAACUAAUUGAACGUGAUGAAUUUUCAGAAAUAACAUUACGAGUAUUAUAUGAACGAGGACAGAAACGUUUCAAUACAACCUAUAAUUUUGAUAAUCGAAAUGAAUGUAAUAAUCAUAUGUUAAUCAUUGAAAAUGGUAUUAAAGCUGUUAAUCUUUAUCAUAAAUUUACUGAUGGUCUUAUUCAACCGGGUGCUUGUGAUGCAACACAACGAUUCUUCACUAUUGGACACGAUACACUAGUGUCUUAUUUGGUUACAACAGGAAAUAAUGAUGAAGGAGAUAUUAUUAUGCGAAUACUAAGAGUUUUUGUCGAUUAUCAUAAUAGUUUAUUAAUUUCGAUUGAAAAUGAAAUGGAUAAUGAGAAUUAUAACGGUCAUCACGUAUUAAAAACAUUAGUAAAAAAAAUUGUAUCAAAAGAAAUAUCUGUUCUACAAAUUGGACAUGAUAAUCAUAGUGUGAUAACAUUAGACGAUAAUGAUUUUUAUUGGAUCGAACAACUCUCUCAAGCUAGUCUGAAAUGUGACGAAGAAUAUUUUCCAACAUCCAGUACUCAACUUGAUUUUGACUUUCUUUAUGUUCAAUCCUAUAUUAUUCGAACAUAUUUGCUUCAUUGUCGUAUUAACUAUCGACAAAUUGAUCAAAAGUAUCAAUGUUAUGUACGACGAAAAACAAUCGAUGAAACAACAACUUCAGAUAUGGAUAAAAUUGAUCUCAAUGAAAUUUAUUCUGUUUUACUUAGUCAUGAUCAACUUGAAACUGAAUGGAAUUUUUUAAAAGAAAUGUCAUUGGACAAACUUUAUGAAGGUCGAAAUCUUCUAAGACAAAUUACUAUAACAUUACAACAUUAUUCAGAUGAUUUAUCUCAAAAAUAUCUUUAUGAAUUCGUUCGAAUUAUCGAUAAUGAAAAUAAUCUACUUGAACAAGUGAAACGAUGUCAAAUAAAAAAUUUUCAAUUAUGUUAUAUUACUAAUGUACGUGAUCUAUAUGAAAAAUCUAUGAAUGACUUUCAAUAUUUGUUCACUGAUGUAUCACAUUUACUUCGAAUUCCUCUCGAUAAAGAAUUAAGUUUUGAAUUGAAUCAAAUAUUAAAAACAGAACUAAUCGAUAUUGAAUAUCAAGAUCAAAUCGAUAAAUUACAAGUAGAUAUACAAAUGAUUACAGAUUUUUUGAAUGUCUUGCAGAAAAAUGAAUCAAUUCUUCUACAUCAAUCAACACAAUCACUAAAAGAAACAUGUGAAAUUUUAAUGAUUGAAAGUCGAAUUCUAUCAUUAUUACCAGUAGCAAUCAAAUGUGAAAAUUAUGUUUCACUUACUAUUCAAUUAAUUCAAGUACGAUCUAUUUUACAAGAGCGAACAAUCACAAUUUCAGAAAUAGAAACAAACAUAUGGAAAGAAGAUUUUGAUACUGAUAUCAAUCAAAACCCAUGGAGUAAAAUAUUGAAGGAAACGGACCGCGUAACGCGUUUUCGAGAUUGUAGCAUGCGUUUCGCAACGUUUUUUCAAUACAGGACGCGUUUCGCAGCAUUCUCACUUACAUAA